AUUCACAAUCUUCCAAAAUCUGGCAACACUAUUUGUUUGUCAACACUACAGAGACAAAAUAAAAUUGCGAAUGUCGGAAAAGUUUAUUGAAUAUUUUUGUACUUUGUGUUUGAGAUCUACUAGAAUAUCAAUUAAUCGAAACUAACAAAUGGGCGAUCAAAACAUGAUUGAUGAAGCUAAGUAUUGUCGACUAUGUCUUUGCCAAAUCGAAAAUUCGGAAAAUGUGCAUCUUGAAAAAAUAGUGAUAAACAGAACAAGGGACCUAGCCCUGGUAGAUAAAAUACGUGAUUGUCUAGGACUUUUUAUUGACGUUAACGUAACCAUAAUAAAAAUAUGUGGAAAUUGCGAACAAACCAUUAACCUCAUUGAAGAGUUCCGUAUUUUAUGUCACCAGACUGAUGAAAUAUAUGAAUCGAUUCAACUGCAAACAGGUGAUCCAAACGCACCAAAACAGUAUCAAGAACAUGUCAUAGAAUUGAGAAAAUUAAUACAACAACAACACCUUAGAAUAAGCAGAGCCUUAAUGAACGAAGAGGUUGAAGUGAAAGAUUUUCCCGUUGAAGCAUGCCCUACUGUCAAACAUGAAAGCUUUGAUACUACCUCUGAAUGGACCGAAGAUAUAAAACUAACAACUGUACUAGAAAUUAAAGAGGAAAGCCUUGAGAUUGAAGCAGAUACUAAUGUAGAUAUCAAUGACGACGCAUGCAUGUCAGAACCAGUAGCCUACCAAGAUAGCGAAACAUCAUCAGAGAACGAAUAUACGGACAGAAAAGAAACGAACAAACUCCAAAAAUUGCCACUUAGUGUAAAAUUAGCUCUCGCCAAGGAAAUCAAAAACAAUCCAGAAUUAUUAGAAAUCACGUUAUCAGGUUCACCGAAAAAAAAACAUAGCGGUUGGAAAACAGUAGCCCAAAAGUUCCAAAUGAGUAUAGCAUCAGUUCGCAACCAUUGGCGUCGACUGCGUGGGCAAUACAUGUCGGCACGGAAACGAGAGCUGCUGGGAGUGAAGAGACGAUUCUCGAAGAACAAAACGUAUGCUCGUCUUAAUGCAAUAUUACAUUCAAUCUACGGUGAUGGCCCCGCAGAUGUUAAAGAUGAUCCUGAUGAAGAUGAAGAUGAUUGGGUCGGAGACCAGGAAAAAUGUAUAACUCUCGCUAAAGAAGUUAUCAAACACCCAAUAAUUUGGAGUUUUAAACAUAAAGAUUUCCACCAUAUGGAAAAGAAAGAUGAAACGUGGGAACAGAUCGGUGCUAAAUUGGGAUCUGAAAUGACAUUUUUAAAGGCGAAUUGGAAACGCUUACGAGACUUGUACCGGAACCGAUACAUACGAUUACUAAAAGGGUGUAUCCAAAGCGACGAUCCUAGUUUGAGAGAUCCGUUGUACGUAAUUCUCGAUAAAAUGCUUCGAUCAAACAUGCGUGUGGGAGCACGGGGAGGAGCGCAGAAGUUAAUCAAUGGACAGCAUACGAUUCCGACUCUUUCAGAUGGCAAUAAAAAUUCAACUCAACAGGGUCACACUUUCUGUAAAAGAACUUAUAAAAUUUUCGAUUACGAGAAUAAGUUGAAACUGGCUCAAAUUUGUCAAACUUAUGAAAUAAUUUGGAAUAACAAGCAUCCAUUUUAUAACAAUCCCACCAAACGAGAUACAUUUUGGGAUAGGAUAGCGACAGAAUUCGGUGUCACGAGGGCGGAAAUCAAAUUUCAAUGGAAUCGCCUACGAGGCGUGUAUCGAAGUCGAAUCAUACGUGCCAAUAAAGGUGAUACUGCAAGCGACGAUCCGCUAAUGAACGAACCUCUUUACAAAGUGCUCGAUGCUAUGCUUGGUAACAACAUGCAAGUGGGAUCACGUGGUGGUAUUAAUAAAAGGAAAUCUGCACGGCAGGGAACCGAUUAUGAGCAUGACGGAAAUUCAACAAGAUACCCUACAUUAAAUUUAGAAAAAAAAUUGCAAUUGGCUGAAAUCUGCCUUAGUCAUGAAGUUAUUUGGAACUGCCAACACCCAGAAUACUCCGUUACAAUCAAGCGAGAAGAAGCAUGGGAUGAGAUAGCGAAACAUCUUAACAUCACACGUGAAGAAGUGAAAUUCCAGUGGGGUCGCUUGCGUAAUGUUUAUCGAUGCAGAAGUAUACGUUUAAUAAGAGGACAGAUACGCAAAGACGAUUCUCUUCUGAUGGAUCCACUCUAUAAAGUGUUGGACGUAAUGCUGAGCGAAAACAUGCAAGUGGGCAUCCGCAGUCAAGCUCGUAGUGACGAAUCUUUGAAUAAACCAAGUGAAACAGAAUCCUACGGCUCCGUUGAGGAGAGAGUGCGGCUGGCCGAAGAAAUCUCGAAACAUGAAAUGAUUUGGAACGUUGACCAUCCAGACUUUCACAAAUCAGGGAAACGAGGUAAAACAUGGAGAAAAAUUGCCGCCAAGUUCGAAGUUGAACCACAUGUCGUUCGAGAUGAAUGGAAGCGAUUUCGGGAUUAUCAUCAUGCACAAACGGUACGGAUAUCUCAAGGUGAUCUCGAGGAGAGUGCUGCAGAGUCGUUAUAUCAUACAUUAAACCAGUAUUUAUCGCUGGUCUGCGAAGGAGCUAGUACAGUGACCAAAACAGACAACCCUGAUACUGGACAAAAGAGACCAAUUCUGGAUCCAACGAAUAACCCCACUGUACUCAAGCGUCGUUUUACCGGAAAACGACAGUACGAUGAUCUUGGAUGCAUUAAAGUGAGAGAAAACGGCAGCGUUCGGUACCACAAAAUUUGCGAACUUUGUGGCAAACAAAUCGAACGGUCAAUGUUUGAAUACCACAUGAAUGGUCAUUAUGGUCUUACACCGUAUGAAUGUACGUUCGAAGGAUGUAGCAAACGAUACGGAAACCGCAUUACAAGAGAUCGACACGAAAUAAUGGUCCACGGGCAGGGAGGAUUCCGAUUUGAAUGUGAUCAGUGCGGAGAGAAGUUCAAACAAAGAGCCAAGUACGACUAUCAUUAUGCAAUCAAACACAAGAGUCAUGAGGUCCCUUGUGGCAUUUGUGGAAAAUUACUGAAGCACAAGAGUCUUAUAAAGGAUCACGAGCGGCUUCAUACAAGCAGUUUUGUCUGCAAAGUGUGCGGCAAGGUACUUCAAAAGAAGUGGUCUUUGCACGUCCAUAUGCGUGUUCAUACGAAUGAGAAACCGUAUCCCUGUGAGCUAUGUGAUCAACGCUUUAUGCUGAAAGUUCAACUGAAAACACACUUACUGAAGAAACAUGGCGUUCAGUUGGACGAGUUGCAAUCAGCAAUCGCUUCUGUUGCGACUAAAUGAGUGCGAUACAAAAAUGCCGAGGAUUUCUCAAAUUCUCCAUUCAAACUCAUUCGAAUAACUAUUAUUUGUAUCGAUAAUUUAUUAUAUGUUAAAGCCCUACAUGCUAUUCUUCCGUAAAUAAAUUACAUAUUAACAAAUCUCAUAAAA